GCACACACACAGGCACGUACACGCACACACACACACACGCACACACACACACACACACACACACAGUACAUAUUGAACGCUAGUGUGACGGGUUGGAGGUUGCUCGGUCUCUUCCUGUUUCUGCUGCUGGGUGGGUGCUGAUGCUGAGGCUGAUGCUUCCCCACCUCGCUUCUCGCCCUGUUCCCUGCUAUCAUGGCGUCUCAGAAUUCUCCUGCCUCGAACUGUAGCUGGUGGCCGAUCUCAGCAAUAGAAAUCGACGGGAAAGACAACGAGGACGAACAAAGCUGCGCCCCGGCUCAGGAGCUGACUGGCUUCCUCCCUGACAAAAGCGAAAAAGACGGCGACAGCAUCGUCUUGUAUCAUUGGACUCAGAGCUUCAGCUCUCAAAAGGUUCGUCUACUGAUUGCAGAGAAAGGUGUGCCGUGUGAUGAACGGGAUGUGAGUUUACCAUUAACUGAACAUAAAGAACCAUGGUUUAUGCGGCUGAACUUAGGUGAAGAGGUGCCGGUGGUCAUCCAUGGGGACAAUAUCGUCAGUGAUUACAACCAAAUUAUUGAUUACCUGGAGAAGACCUUUGUGGGAGAAAACUACCCAAGGUUAAUUCCAGAAACGGGAAGCCUUAUUUAUCCCAAAAUGCAACACUUUAAAGACCUGCUCGAUUCACUUCCAAUGGACGCCUACACUCAUGGCUGCAUUCUUCAUCCUGAACUGACCACGGAAUCCAUGAUCCCAAAGUAUGCCACAGCUGAAAUCCGCAGGCACUUAGUAAACACUGCAGCAGAACUGUUGAAGCUUGACCAAGAACAACCUCAACUCACAGAGCCAUAUCUUUCCAAACAAAAAAAACUAAUGGCCAAGAUACUCGACCAUGAUGAUGUGAACAACCUGAUGAAAAUUCUGAGUGAGUUGGGCAAAGUUUUAGAUCAAGUGGAAGCAGAGCUUGAACAGAGGAAACACAAACUUGCAGACCAGAAGACUGGGACGUGGUUGUGCGGCUCUGAUUUCACAUUAGCCGAUAUCUCCCUCGGAGCAACGUUACAUCGCCUCAAGUUCCUGGGGCUGGCAAAAAAGUACUGGGGAAAUACAGAUCGACCCAAUUUGCAAGCAUAUUUUGAGAGAGUGCAGAAACGCCCCGCAUUUCGAAGAGUUUUGGGAGACAUACACACCACGCUGCUCUCGGCUGUUUUACCCAACGCGUUCCGCCUUGUGAAAAGAAAACCACCUUCUUUCUUUGGCGCCUCAUUUUUAAUGGGAACCCUCGGUGGAAUGGGCUACUUUGCUUACUGGUAUCUUAAGAAGAAGUACAUGUAACAAUAGUAAACGUAACUCUGUGGCCUGUGUAAUGUGUGAUUUAUGGAAUGUUUUAAAAUAUGUGAAUAAUUUCACCAGGUGAAUUAAUUCUGUAGUACUGUUAACAUUCCAUGCAAUAGGAUGGUAAUAAUAUACAGCGCAUAUAUUUUAUUUGCUAUUUCUUAAAGAAAAAAAAAACACGUUGGUUUGGAUUAUCCUUCAGACAUCAGGCCAGCACUUCACAAAGCUGCUUAAGUGUGAGCAGACAGCAAAUGAAGUUAGAGUCAGGAAACUGCAUUGUACAUUACAGUGUAAGAGCAAGAGAUCUGAUAAAACCCUGCCCCAUUGAAGGAAUUUAGAAAUAAACAGGCUCUCGUGAGUUGGACUGAAA